GUGACCGCAGCAACUUGUAGCAGCGGCAUGGUGGUCGUCCAUGGACAGCGGGCUGAAGACUCGUUUGGUGGGUUUUUCUCCUUCGAUGAGGACGCUGCCAGUGAGGAUAUGUCAUUGGAUGGUUUGGAUGAGGAACUUGAAGAGCACAAGGAUUAUGAUGUAUUGAUAAGUAUUCUAGCGAAUGGUGAAAAACAGAGAGAUAUGGCAACCUUGGUUGAAGGCAACCUAGGCCAUGCUGAACAGGAUCUGAUUCAAGAUUAUGUUGAAGAUAGUGACAACCUGGUAUUAUUGCAUGAUCAGAUUCAUGACUGUGACAUUAUUUUGUCACAGAUAGGAUCACUUCUUACUGGAUUCCAGGUUCACAUUGGUUCCAUUAACUCAGAACUAAGAAGUCUCCAGGAGAGAUCCUUGGAUAUAAGUGUCAGACUGAAGAACCGCAAGUUGGUUGAGACAAAGCUUGCAAAAUUUGUCGAAGAGAUUGUUGCUCCUCCUAGUUUGGUGACUGUUAUUAUCGAUGGAGAGAUAAAUGAUGGUUAUGCUAAAAGUUUGGAAAUUUUGAGCAAAAAGUUGAGAUUUUCUCAAGUUGAUCCUAUGAUUAAUGCAUCAAAUUCUCUGAAGGAUAUUAAACCAGAACUGGAAAGGCUUCUACAAAAGGCAUUAUGCAAGGUGUCCGACUAUCUCACUGAAUUAUUCUUUUCCAUGAGAAAGCCUGGAACUAAUAUCCAGAUACUGCAACAAAAUAUGGUUCAAAAAUAUAGGUAUCUCAUCCUCUUUCUUAGAGAGCAUGGAUCCAAGGUCUACACUGAUGUUCGUGCAACAUAUGCUGAUACAAUGAACAAGGUGCUGAGUGCACAUUUUCAAGUGUACAUAGAAGCAUUGGAGAAGCUCAAGCUUGACAUUGGCGUAUCAAGUGAUUUGACUGGAUAUGACACUAAUAUCAUUGACCUUAUAUCAAGGGGAAGAGAGCAUUUAAGAAAUCACCGUUUCAUGUUUUCUUUAGGUGAACGGGCAAGCAUUUUGAAGGAGAUUGAUCGACCUGGCUUGGUUCCUCAUAUAUCUGAAGUCAAUCCUGUAAAAUACCCAUAUGAAGUUAUUUUUAGGAGUAUACAGAAGCUUCUGAUGGACACUGCUAGCUCUGAGUAUCUUUUUAUCAAGGCAUUCUUUGGUGAAGAAUCAUUGUUUUAUCAGGUUUUUCAAGGACCUUUUAAAGUUAUUAAUGGACAUUUGGAUCAUACUCUUCGAAAUUAUCAUGACGCGGUAUGCCUAAUGCUCAUGAUCUGCAUAACUAGGAAACACCAGUUGGUUAUGUUGAACAGGCGACUUCCUUGUCUAGACGCAUAUUUGGAUAAGGUUCUCAUCUAUCUCUGGCCACGCUUCAAGACUGUUUUUGACAUGUAUCUUCAAAGCUUGUACCGGUGUGAUACAAAAUUGUUAUGGGUAGAUGGCUCCCAUCCACACCAUAUUGUAAGGUGCUAUGUUGAGUUCACAGCAUCCCUUAUUCAACUUAAUGCUGAAUGCGGAGAUGGUCAGCUUGAUAUGAACUUGGAACGCUUACGGCUAGCUGUUGAUAAUCUACUUGGUAGACUUGCUGAAAAUUUUGCAAACCCCAAGACGCAACACUUGUUUCUUCUGAAUAAUUAUGACAUGACCAUUUCUGUUCUGAAGGAAGCCGGUGAUGAAGCAAAUAAACUGCAAAGCUAUUUUGAAGAGAAGCUAGAAAGUAACAUGAUAUCAUUUGCGGAUGAAUUGCUUAUGGAGCAUUUCAAGGAUUUGAUAAAAUUUGUGAGAAGCCGUGUCUCUGAAGACCUUAUUCUUUAUACUGAAUGCCCAAGCAUUGCCGAUGUUGAGCCAAUUGUGAAGAACUUCGCCGUGACAUGGAAAACUGCUCUAGAGCUCAUGCACAAUGAAGUUGUAACUUCUUGCAGUAACCUUUUAGCUGGGAUGGAGAUUCUAAAAGCAGCAAUGGUUCAGCUACUCAAUGACUACAACAGACUCUCAGAAUGUGUGAAGAUAAUCCCAGGAGGAUCAACUCUGAACAGGAAUCUGGUUUCUAUUACAUCCAUUUCAUAUGAGAUGAGGAAAUAUUCAAUAACACUCUAGUAAUUGUUAUGAUGUCCAAGCAAUUUUUGGAACAGAUGAAAAACAAACAGCGCUGAUAGUUUCGAUCCCUAUCUUCACAAGCAAGAGAAAAGCGCAACACAAAAUUAUAUAAUUUUGAACAUUCUGUGCUUUGUUUUAUGGAUUGUACCUUCACGGCUUCACUGAAAUUUUCUGAUCAAAUAAUACUUGACAACAAUGAUCUGCUUGCAGUUUA